UGUUUUCACGCAUUAUCGGGGGAAGAUUGGGAUUUCUUGUGAUAUGGUUGAAGUAAUAAUCACAUAACACAUUGACAACGAACCCGACAAAGAAUAACGAAUAUAAAGAUUGAGACAUUUUAGCACGAUAAUACAUCGUUGCCAGUCUUGAAGUUGAAACGUGAGAAGUCCUGCAUAGUUUAUCCGUGAUCACAUCGUGUUAUCAUUUUUGUCCAUGGAAACCGUUAUCUGUUUUUUCUUUAUUCAGGAUAAAUUCACUAUUUCAAGAACAAAAUGAGUAAAAUAGAAACAUAUCAAAUGUGCCAUCCCGAGUUACUCUCGGAAGCAACUUUGUGUGAAAUAUUGGAGAAUAGCUGUAUCGCUUUGCCAAUAUCUAGAAAUCUCAAUAGAGAUGAGUUAGUGGAAAUAUUCAAGAGAAUAGCAAUGCCACUACCUCAACGGAAAUACAAUGUAUCUCGAAAACUGGGCAAAAGAUUGAAUGACCGGAGAGGAGUGGAGAGGAAAGAGGAAAGCGAAAUUUCAAGUUCCAGUCUGAGUACACCAAACUCCUCUUCAUCGUGUGAGCGUUUAGUGUUAGAAAAAAAAACAGGUACGAAGAAUAGAAUGGACUCACCGACAAAUGAAACAUUGCUAGGAUCAAAAAGAAUUCGUUUAACCGAUUCAAAUUGCAAUGGCAAUCUUCCUGAAAACGAUGCCAAGAGAAAAAACCAAAUUUGCUCAGUUUCGGAAUCGAAAAAGAGGCAAAAAAUUACGUGGCCGUGAAGUAUCGUUGGUCCUUAUUACAAUACAUUCUUACCGAAUGUAAAAGAAACUACAAUUUCCUAUUCAGAUUGUGUGACGCGUUAUCUCGACGAAACAAUAACUUUUGUAAGCGCUGCUCGGUAAGGUUACAUGGUCGUGUUUAUUACUUGCAGUUUUAUUUUAAUAUGAUUUUUUUUAAUUCUUCAAGCUCUUCCUUCACCGACACAGUGACAAAUGUUUUUUUAAAGUUUCUCUUGGUAACUUUAAAAUUUGACUCUCUGCAGUCUGCGGACUGCAAAAUAAUAAACUUAGUCUUAUAAAAAAAUCGUUUAAAAUCGUUUUUUCAAAAAAAAAAAUUCAUUUCGUGCAAUUUCCAUGUAGAAUAGAAGGUUUGUUUAAUUGAAUGUGUUGACAACUGAAGUAAUUAUGACGCAAAUAAUUGGAAUUUGCUAAUAUCUUAAGAAAUUUGGCUCUGUACCUUAUAGCAAAGAGGAUGUUUCUUGUAAUGAUGUAGGAAAAUAAAUAACGUACAAAAUGUA